AUCACAUGAUCCUGACGUCAUCAAAGGUCCUUUAGACAAGUGAGAACAUUUUACUUCUCUCCCGGAGCCCGGGCCGCCAUCUUCUGCCCCAGCGACCCCGGGUCAUUGUAAGGAGAUGGAUCCGGUCACGGGUCGGACCACCACAACGACAGUAUCCGUACAGCCGCGGGAAUACAAGCUGGUUAUGCUGGGAGCUGGCGGGGUGGGGAAGAGUGCCAUGACCAUGCAAUUCAUUAGUCAUCGCUUUCCAGAAGAUCACGACCCCACGAUUGAAGACGCUUAUAAAAUCCGCAUACGGAUCGACGACGAGCCCGCCAACCUGGACAUCCUGGACACUGCUGGGCAGGCGGAGUUCACAGCGAUGCGCGACCAGUACAUGAGAGCUGGGGAAGGUUUCAUCAUCUGCUACUCCAUCACCGACCGCCGCAGCUUCCACGAAGUGCGAGAAUUCAAGCAGCUGAUCUACCGUGUCAGGCGGACGGACGACACUCCGGUGGUGCUGGUGGGGAACAAGUCCGACCUCUCCCGCCUCCGCCAGGUCUCCAAAGACGAGGGCAGCUCCUUAGCCAGAGAGUUCAGCUGUCCGUUCUUCGAGACGUCGGCCGCGUUCCGUUACUACAUCGAUGACGUGUUUCACGCUCUGGUCCGUGAGAUUCGCAGGAAAGAGAAGGAGGCUGCUCUGGCCCACGAGCGAAAGACCAAACCCAAGUCCUCUCUGUGGAAGCGUCUGAAGUCUCCGUUCAGAAACAAGAAGGAGUCAGUGACUUGACGGGGCGGCGGUGUUGGGGGGGCAGCACUUAUAAUGGGGGGUGCAGGCGGGGGCAAAGGCUACUCGCAGUCUGUAUGUAAAUACUCUAUAUAUUUCUAUAGACGAGAUUGCCCUGGUCCCUCAGCUGUGAAUUACUAACUGCACAUAGUAGACAAGUAGACGUUGUACAUGUGGUGGAGGGGACCCCGGAUCCAGCAUGGCCCAAUAAUGUGUCCUCCAGCCCAAACCAGGGACAAAGCCUUCAACGUCAAGACUGGAACUGACCAUGAGCCUGUGAGCAGGUUGUGAUGGCGCCUCGCGUGUUUCUCCUGCACAUUGGAGUUCACUCGCCUCCGCAGGUCUUCACACCUCUUGUUUUGCACACUUUUUGUAUACUUUUCUAAAUCUUAUUAACUGUUGUGUAUAAUAAACCUGCUGUGUCCUUA